AUGGACAACCUCACCAUCUUCACAGAAUUCCUUCUCAUGGAUAUCUCAAGCUCCCGGGAGCUCCAGGUUCUGCAAGGUGUGCUGUUCUUAGUGAUUUAUCUGGGAGCACUGACAGGGAAUCUUGUAACUGUCACUCUCAUCGUGACGGACACACAUCUGCACUCUCCCAUGUACUUUUUUAUAAGCAAUUUAUCCCUCCUAGACCUUGGCAGCAUCUCAGUUAUUGUUCCCAAGGCCAUAGUAAAUUCCAUGACUGACAGUAAGAUGAUCUCCCUGACAGAGUGUGCUGCACAGAUUUUCCUCUAUAUCCUUUUUGCAGCUGUGGAAUUUGCAUUCCUGGUGGUGAUGUCCUACGACCGCUAUGUGGCCAUUUGCCACCCCCUGCACUACGGACUCACCGUCACCCCGAAUCUGUGCUCCCAGGCCGCAGCUGGCUCGUGGUCCUCUGGUCUGGUCUACUCCGCUAUCCACACAGGCUGUAUGUUCAGGCUUCCCUUCACCAAGACCAAUGUGAUCCAGCAAUAUUUCUGUGAUAUUCCUCAAAUUCUGAGGAUAUCAUCCCCAGAGGUCCAGUUUUCUGAAUUUGUGAUCAUUGCACUGGUCAUUCUCCUUUUGUUUGUCAUUUCUGGGGCAAUAGCAGUUUUAGGUCCCACUGCAAAGAAACCAUCCCUUAAGAACCUGCUAACGGCCAUGUUCUACAUUGUGGUGCCCCCAUUCAUGAACCCCAUCAUCUACUGUCUACGGAACACAGAGAUUAAUGCUGCGCUGGGAAGAAUGUUCAGCAGAUGUUCUCAGUUCUUAGUCAAGGGUUUUAGUGACUAG